UGCAGGUCAAGCCUUUUCAUUAAUUUAUUAUAAAUUUUUUCGUAUCAAUCACUCUCGUCAUGGACACCUGUGAAAAGCGUCGCUAUAUGCAACUGUAGUCCUUUCAUCCAUGUGUAUACUAGUAAGGUUAUGUUUAACAAUAAGAUUCAAUUAUUGUUGAUUAUUGUUGAAUCAGUAUGAAAUUUAUUACUAAUUCGAUUCAACCUUGUGCCGCCCGCAUUGGAACUUUAAUGGAAUUUGAAAGAAUUCCUGAUGUUAGUUUCGAAACUCCUCUUGUUCUUAUUUAUACGAAGAGUGGUUGUGUACCUCAUUUAACUAAAGAUGUUUUUAAAAUGGUCACCUCGAAUCAACAUAUGUUAUCUGUGUCACUUGCUUCCACAAUAUCAAUUGUUGAAUCAGUCAAAGAUACUAAUACUAAUUUAGCAAAUUUUAUUUGUAUGAAGGAAUAUAUAAAUUUUCUUACAAUACAUGACACAGCUCAACCUACACCUUCAGGUUUUCAGAAACUUGAUUCCAUCUCUUUAUGGGCAAGAAAUGGAAGACAAGUAUUAACAGCUGAUAAAUACAUGGAUAUUAUUGAGACAUUUAAACCAGAUUUUUAUGUUGCGUUAUGCGAUGGAGAUACUAAUAUCGAUAGUAAGAAAAAACGAACUAAAAAGGCUGCGCAACGUAGUAAGACAUUGUUUGAACAGUGUCUAGCUAGGCAUACCAAAUCUAAAAUCUUAGAAUCAGUAGGUAUAUUAGGUGCGAUCGAAGGUGGCUAUGAUAUAGAAACCAGAACAAUGUCUAUAAAUGAUUUAAAAGAUAAACCGAUAAUAGGAUAUGUGAUAGAUGGAUUGCAUAAUAAUGGACCAAAUGUGCAAAACAUUUCGUUAGAGCAAAUUAAAGAAAUAAUGAAACAUACUGCUAGUCUUUUACCUAUUGAAAAACUUAAAGUAUCAUUGGGUUGUUGGAAUCCGCUUACGGUAUUAGAUCUUAUCGAAUUAGGUGUAGAUAUAUUUGAUACAUCAUAUCCGUACAUAGCUGUAGAGAAUUCAGAGGGUUUAACUUUUUUGUGCGACCACAGUACUUGUAAUAACGUGGCACAUGUGAUAGGGCUUGCAGAGAAGAGUUUUUGUGACAGAUACGAAGACGAUUUCUCUCCGAUAUGCUCUCACUGCGAAUGUCUUGCAUGUAAAAAUCAUACUAGGGCGUACUUACACCAUUUACAUAAUACCAAAGAAAUGCUUUGCGCAGUACUGUUGAUGAUACACAAUAUUCAUCAUUACCUCGAAUUUUUUAAAGCUAUUCGGGAAAAUAUACGAAACAAUACUUUCGAUCAGUACAAGAAAACAAUUACCUUAAAAUUUCCAAAGAGGAAUGUCGUUGGUACAAAUUCCACAGACGUAGAAGAUGUGAAAUCUACAGAUACAUAAUACGUUCUUAGGAAAUUAUUUAUUUAUUUCCAAACUUUAGUUUUACAAACAGAAUAAAACAGUAACAAUUAUUCAGGUAAAAAGUAUUAGUCUAUGUAAUGCAUUAUGAACUGGGUUAUCAGUUUCUAAUUGCGCGACCGCACAAUCACCACAAAUAUCAGUUCCAUCGAGGCAUUCUAUGCAAUGCCAUCUUGUACCUGUUAAAGGUUCUUCUCCACAGAUUGAACACUAUAAGGAGAGAAUCAUUAAACUUAUAUAUGUUUUUGAUACUCUAUCAAAAAUAAAAUGUGGUACCUUGUAUCCAAUAUGUUUAUAUUCGGGAGAAGAAUUAUCUUCUUUCUCGGCUUUCACUUGUCUUAAUAAUUCUAUAUGCCUUAAUUCAGGAUUAUCAUCGAUAAUACUAUUCCCGGCAUCAUCUUC